AAAAUUGAAACUUUUAUUAAAAAAAAUCUCCGAUGGUGAUACCAAGUUCGCCAUCAUGAUAUCAUGUGAUAAUAGAAUAUUAAUAACCGCCGCAGUUCAAUUUGCUAGUAUAACUGAUCUUUUUUCACUUUUUUCACCUGUCCUUUUACUUCCCUUUUACUUCCUCGUCCUUUCUCUUCCUUUUGUUCUUUUAUUCGUCCAUCUUCCACCAUUUCCUUUCAUGUGUGUAUGUACUUUUAAUUUAUAUUAUUUGGAUAUUUUGGUGCUCUUCCGUAAUAUGAAUUAAUUGUAAGUCAUAAUAUCUCAAAAAUGAUGGUAGUGUGGGUAUAUAUUGGAUUUUCUUUUUCAACAAACUUUAAGAGAAAUAUUA